AUGUCAGUGCAGAAUAACACAGAUCUGACUCCAGCUUCCUUUGUUCUGAAUGGGAUCCCCGGCUUGGAAGACAUGCACAUCUGGAUUUCCUUCCCAUUCUGUUCCAUGUAUGCAGUGGCUAUGAUGGGGAACUGUGGACUGCUCUAUCUCAUCUUCUUUGAGGACUCCUUACAUAGACCCAUGUACUACUUUUUAGCAAUACUUUCUCUAACGGACCUUGUCAUGUGCUUAAGUGCAAUACCUAAAGCCCUCUGCAUCUUCUGGUUUCAUCAAAAAGAAAUUGGAUUUGAUGACUGUCUUGUACAGAUGUUCUUUACCCAUACCUUCACGCUGAUGGAGUCUGGGGUUCUCAUGCUCAUGGCUCUGGAUCGCUACAUAGCCAUCUGCUACCCUCUGCGUUACUCCACCAUUCUCACCAAUGCCAUCAUUGCCAAGAUUGGGUUUGCCACCUACCUCAGAGGGGCACUGCUAAUUAUUCCAAUUAUAUUUGUUAUCAAGUACCUACCCUACUGCCGAGGCAAUAUAAUAAACCAUACCUACUGUGACCACAUGUCCGUAGCCAAGUUGUCCUGUGGCAAUGUCAAGGUGAAUGCCAUUUAUGGCCUGAUGGUUGCUCUCUUGAUUGGGGGCUUUGACAUUCUGUGCAUCACAGUCUCCUACACCAUGAUCCUUAGGACAGUGGUCAGCUUAUCCUCAGCAGAUGCUAGGCAGAAAGCCUUCAGCACCUGCACUGCCCACAUCUGUGCCAUUGUUUUCUCCUAUAGCCCAGCCUUCUUUUCCUUUUUUUCCCACCACUUUGGGGGACAUACCAUCCCUCCAUCUUGCCACAUCAUUGUGGCUAAUAUUUAUCUGCUUUUGCCUCCCACUAUGAAUCCUAUUGUCUAUGGAGUGAAAACGAAGCAAAUACGAGACUGUGUCAUAAGGAUCUUUCAGGGUCGAAGGAUUUCAAAGCUCACAGUAUGUAAAUGA